CGCUGCUUUGUAUGGACAUGGUGGGGGAUUUUUGACAGCGGCAGCGCCGUGUUGGGAAACAAACAAGGACGUGGUCGGUGCUCGGGGACUGCUUUUUUGACGCUCCUCGCUGCUCUCCCGAUCGCGCACCGACCGCUUCUCCACUCGGCCAGAUUCUCCGUGGAUAUGGCGGCUUCGGAUCGGGCUGUCUGUUGUAAGUCUGAUGAGUGAGAGUGCCGGCACCCCGCUCCUCCACAGCGAUGGUCGACAUGGAAAGCCACUACCAUCCCCCUUCGCCCCUGGAGGACUCAGUGCUGGGCAGCCCCCUGUGCGCCGAUGACGACUUCAUGGGCGGCAUGGAGGAGCUCCAGGACAUCUCCCAGUCCAUCGACAACGACGCCCUCAGCUCCUUUGAUGUCCCCGAAUAUCAGCCCUCCAGCAAUGGCUCUGAAGGUUCCACCGUUCUAGAUGCCCUGACGCCAGCAUCCAGCCCGUCGUCGGUCGUGUACGGGUUGGCAGCGGGCCUUGAGGAGUUCUCGACUUCCUCCUCAUCGCUCAACCUGGAGUGUCGAGUUUGUGCUGACCGCGCCUCGGGCUACCACUACGGAGUCCACGCCUGCGAGGGCUGCAAGGGUUUUUUUCGGCGGACCAUCCGUCUGAAGCUGGAGUACGACAAAUGUGAGCGCCGCUGCAAGAUCCAAAAGAAGAACCGCAACAAGUGCCAAUACUGCCGUUUCCAGAAGUGCCUGUCGGUGGGCAUGUCCCACAACGCCAUCCGCUUUGGUCGGAUGCCCCAGUCGGAGAAGCUAAAGCUGAAGGCGGAGAUGGUGACGGGGGACAGGGAGGUGGAAGACCCCCAGCUGGCCGACCAGAAGACGUUGGCCAGGCAGAUUUACGAGGCCUACCUCAAGAACUUCAACAUGAACAAGGCCAAGGCUCGAACCAUUCUCACCGGCAAGACCAGCACCCCUCCUUUCGUCAUCCAUGACAUGGAGACCCUCCAGCUGGCAGAGCAGACCCUGGUGGCAAAGAUGGUCGGCUCAGGAGGAGUGCUGAAGGACAAGGAGGCGGAAGUUCGGAUUUUCCACUGCUGCCAGUGCACGUCGGUGGAAACCGUCACCGAGCUGACAGAGUUUGCAAAGUCCGUCCCCGGGUUCUCGAGCCUGGACCUCAACGAUCAGGUGACUCUUUUGAAAUACGGCGUGUACGAGGCCCUCUUCGCCAUGCUCGCCUCCAGCAUGAACAAGGACGGGCUUCUCGUAGCGUACGGCUCGGGCUUCAUCACCCGGGAAUUCCUCAAGAGCCUGCGGCGGCCGUUCAGUGAUAUGAUGGAGCCAAAGUUCCAGUUUGCGAUGAAGUUUAACGGGCUGGAGCUGGACGACAGCGACCUGGCCCUGUUUGUGGCUGCUAUCAUCUGCUGCGGAGACCGACCGGGCCUGGUGAAUGUGGCGCACAUCGAGCGAAUGCAGGAGAGCAUCGUGCAGGUGCUACAGCUCCAUCUGCUGGCCAAUCACCCCGACGACACUUUCCUCUUCCCCAAGCUCCUGCAGAAACUGGCUGACCUCCGGCAGCUGGUCACUGAGCAUGCACAGCUGGUGCAGGAGAUCAAAAAGACAGAGGACACCUCACUUCACCCACUCCUGCAGGAGAUCUACAGAGACAUGUACUGAGGGUUGUGGAGGAAUUACCAGGAGAGGCACUCUGCAAACCAUCUCCUUUUUUUCAGGGACAGAAGAAGAAGAAGAAGAAGACUCCUCCAUAAGCUAGGUUGAACCACUUAAAGCCCCCCCAAUGCAGCAAGAGUUAGCUUUGAUCAGCACAAGAGGUCCUAUUUAGACCCUAAAGAAGAGGCUGAUGAGUCUCUUGGUUCGACAGGGCUCUCCACUCCAUUGUGUGGACCUUCAUAGGCAGAAUAGUCAUGUAUGCAAAGAUGUGAUGUACAGUUGAUUGAGCCCCUACCUACAUACUAGUGUAUGCAAUGUUUGACCAAAACACUAAAUGCUAAUUUGAAGUCACUGAGGUGACUUUCAUGGCUACCCCCAUCCUGCCCCUUAACAAGCCCUAAAAUGAGGAAAGAAAGUGAACUUAGAGUCGCCACUCCAGCAGCGGGUUUGAAAGUCGAUUUUUAUGCUGAUGUCAAAGAGCAAAGAGCCAUAAACCCAACAAACACCCAAAUGACUUCAGUGGCAGCAGCAACUUUAAGACGGCAAUGAUGCAGUUUUUUUCUGCCAUAUUGGCUGUCAAUAAAGGGCGAUGAUGGCUACCCAGCCCUCCAGCAUGCUUCUUCACCUUUUUAUACCCAGAGACACAAUUGCGGUGCCACCAAGCCCCUAAACAUAAUCAUUUAUUUGUACUGUAAGUCUUCUAAGCCAUAGUUUGUUUGUAACAAUACUGGAAAUGAUCAGUCUUUCAUAUCCUGUUCUCUUCCUAACAACAGUGUCAAGACUCGGUGUGGAUUAUCAUCACUUAUUACUCAACUGUGCGGGCAAUAGUAUUUUUACACUUAAAGUUUGUACGAAAAUGUUAAGUUUUCCAAGAGUGGCACAGAUUCACUGUGCACAUGCACCACGAUGCACAUCUGAAGCACAAACACGCCUGCGAUAUGUGAACACGAAACUGUUUUGUGCUGGACCCCUGUUAAAAUGCCUUUUUUUAACAAAGCACGUGCACAGACGUUUGGCACUCCAUCCUGUUUUGUGUCCUGGUAUUCAAGGGCUAACACCAAGAUAAACCGCAUUGCAACCCUAAUACAGGCAAGACUGAAAAGCGGAUUUGCUCGAAAUUCACUCAUCUGUUUCUUAGUUUCUCACUCAGUGAAGCCCCGCUCCUCAAAAUUACACCUCAUUAUUUUUUUUCCCCUCAUUUAGGUGUGUUGUGUCUCUCCUCCUCAUAAUGGUAUGGCCUCACUUUGCAAAAAUAGAUGUUUUACGUCAUCAGAAACUUGUCAUUUUUGGUGAAAAGGCGUCUGUUGUUUGAAGACGAAGGCAGUCUGUAGAUGAAGACGAAGGCAGUCUGUUGCCUUUUCAACAAUCUGACAAGUGUUUGGUGAUGGAUGAAGACCAAAUACCUUUCCACGUGGUAUCCUUUAGCUGUUUUUGCCCUCCAAUCAUGAUGAUAGCGGUGCACGUGAGGAGGCUGCUCCCGCACUUUGUCAUCAUACUGCCUUUAGUAGAAAAUGAGCACGCUACACAGAAGACCUACAGUGAGGGAAUGCUGAAGGGGAAACGGUGAAAGCAUGCACGGCCCAUGGUUUGGAUCACAUGUGUGUAAAUCUGCUAGAGGAAGGCUUUCCCCUCCACCUGCUUAUCCAGCCAAAACCUCCUCAAAUCAUCGUGAAUUGAUGGAAAUUCAGUCACAAGAAGUGGAUCUUGUGUUUAUAAUCACAUCACGUUGUAUAAACACAGUACUGUACAUAGCUGAAAUGAUCACGUUGACUGCUCGCUCCAGCUUUUAACUCAUGAGGUAUACAAGGUACUAAUGAUGAUCAACUUUUGUAUUCCUCCAUUUGGUAAAUACUUUUAAAUGUUUGAAAUUUUACAGUUAAUGUAGUUAUGUACUGUAUGUUUUUGUUUUGUUUUGUUUUGUUUUUUUUGCUUAAAUGCCACAUACAUGUGUUUAAUUGAAUUGGAUCAUAUUUUUAUACUAAAGUAUAUAUAUAUGACUAAAUCAGAUCAUUGUUCAUUUGAAAUGGCACGAUUGAAGAGUGCAGUGUAAAUAGAUUUAAGGGUAACAGGGCAACUGGUAAUCUGAAUAUCCAUAGAUCUGAAUCCCGUUGGGGACAUUCCUUUUGUUAAUUGCUAUUUUUAGAUAGAGAACCAUCAAUGCUGCAGUAUGCAUCCAGUUGAUUCAACUGUGUUUCAUCUACACGUCAAAUUAAGCUCUCAUCAUUGAAACUGAAAGCAUUUGUGGGCUGCCACCAGCUCACCGCUUGCGGUAGCUGAUUAAAACUUGACCUUCGUGACCUUUUGAAUGCAGUGAAAACUACAUUUAUCAUUUGAAAGGUCAAGCUACAGUUCAGCACUGAUCAUACGAUGCCGAUCUCCUCCUUUUGUACUCUGUUCUCAGGUCGCACAUUCAAAAACAAAUGGGUAAAUAUAUGCACAGAAAAUCAUUAUUCUUAUCAGAAAUCGUCCAUAGUUGCCUCCUCUUGUUGAACAAAAACCACCUGUAUUUUUAUCUUUUUUUCACCACACCUCUGCUGAUUAAACAGAGAAACUGAAUGCACUCAUAAUUUGCCAUCACAUUAGCUUAUUACAGUAAAUAAGAUGCAGUAAUGAAAAUGCAGUAUAUACUGUUUUAUAAUCCUGUUUUUGUCAUGCUUCUUUUGUCUGAUUUUCCUCUCCUCACUCGCUGCUAUAUUGUACUAACUCACCAAACAUUUCUUAUGCCAUGAGUAGAUUACUGACCUUCAAGCUGCCUCUACUUACUUAUUAUAUCCUCUCACAGAAUGUCAGUCCCACAUGCAGAAUACAUUGAACGCAGCUCGGUUCUUCCCCCUCGCCGCUUCCCGGGACAUGGAGGUCCCGGGUGCGCUUUGGGAUUAACCACAAACGAUCCGUGCCUUAGCGUGUGCCCAUGCCAUAAAACACUAGAGAUUCAGAAAAGAGACUUGACUCGUGCACACACACACUUUUAGAGUUGUGAACGGUCGGUGUCAUCAGCUAGAGGUAGCUGUUUGAGACACACAAGGGCCACGCAGACAGGAAAUGAUGUUGCAGCAGAUUCAGGAAACUAUCCUAUGUACGGCAAAAACAGAGGCUGAAAAGUGCUAUUGAAGCUUCAUUUUACCGUGCGGAACAGUAACAAUGAAGGAUUUGCUUUAAAAAAGACAGACUUUAAAAAAAAACUAAACACAGAAUGGUUGAAACACUAGAGCCAGGCCCCAGAGGAGAAGUCAUGUAAAUUUGUGAUGUCUGCUUACCCUUAGGAAUGUCUGUUUUGUGUUGAAUUGACAAGGGACUUUUUAACUCGUAUCAGGGAAACCUAGUCUUCCUUUGUUGAACUAGCUCAGGACAUAGAAAGAUACUGUUCCUCCCUCUAUCUCUGUCUCUCUCUUUCUCUCUGGAAUCACUUCAUAGUGCUCUGCCUUACAGCACACAAACACCAACAACAGCAUUGAUUAAAAUUACCUUUAUUUUUAUUUUCCAAAACUGACAGAAAAAUGUUACCAGGGAGCAGCAGUCAUAGGAAUUAGAUUUUUUGAUUUAUUUUUUUUCUUCCUGGAUUUCAUGGAGUUGUUUUUUGUGGCUAUAGUGUUGUGCGAAGAGACAACAGAGACCGUCUUUGGAUGUGUUGUUAAUGUGUACUGUGGCGUGGUAACAAUACUGUAAAUGUUUGAUGAAUGUAUAUCUAGUCAUUUAAACAAUGGAACAAGUUGUUAUUGAAUGGAUUUCAAAAUAAAAUGAU